AUGGAUGGGGUCUCUCUAAGGAUGCCACAGGCUGUCUCACAGGAAGUCAAAGAAGAUGUCAAAGUCAUCACUGAUUAUCUCAACAUACUGCAGGACACAGAGUAUGACUUCUGCCUGGAGAACUGGGUGCUAACAGGGCUGCAAAGUGGCGUCACCAGUCAUCAUCGGCCUCAGCUCUCUUCCUCCUCAUCCGGACUGCUGCCAUCCUGUCCUCCAUACUGGAUGAUGUUUAGCAGCACUCAGCAGAGCUGUGUGGCAAACCUACAUAGCUCUUACUUCUGGGAGCCCAACCCUCGACAACGCUCCCACAGCCUCAACGCUGAUAUAAUGCGCACCAAGCGUACCAUCUCAGAUUCUGAAAAUGAAGGGGAAAGCAUGGCCCAGAAUUCAAAAACAUAUGUGUCAAUGACAGUCCACCCAAAUAAAGCUGCUUCACGCCAGCGUGGUCAUCAGAAAGCGUUUAUUGCAGACCUGAUGAACCCUCCAGCCUGUUUGAGCAGUCUGCCACACCAGCGCAGGAAGAGUCUACGACAGUGCUCCCUGUCUGUGCUGGAGAUGUCCUCACAACUUGAUCCAAAUGAAGACAACCAAGCGCAGAGUCUGUUCUCACACAGAAUCCUUCACACCAAGACCCCCAACACCAUAGUUUCCAAUUCUGCAAUCACCAUCCGAGUUCCCAACAGCAGAGCUAAUACAGUCCAAAUGCUGUCCAGCAUUACUAACUACAGCACAAUGAAAUCUCCCAAUCCAGAUUCCUGUGUGAACCCACCUGUGACCUUGAGCCCCAGAGGUAUCACCUCAUCUGGUUCAGACUCGCCAGCAGAGCUACUGUCAGUUCUGAGCCCAGAGGAGAGAGAGCUACUGGGGACCAUCACAGCCCAGGGCUACCCUGUCCAUACUGCCAUCAUUGCUCUUCAGAGGACAGGUCGGCAGAGCCCAGAUCAGAUCUUAAGUUACCUGGUAGCAUGUGACCACCUGUGUCAGCUGGGUUAUGACAUGGCUGAGGUAGAAGAGGCUCUGGAGAUGUUUCAAAACUGUGAGACAAAGGUGGGACAUUCAAAGAGCCACAGCAUCUCCUUUAAUCAUAUUAGAGACAACAAGACAUUACACAUGUAAUCAAUAUAUGAUCUCUCCUUCUUGAGGCGGAGGAGUUCCUUCAUUUGCUGAGUCAGUUCAAUGAGAUGGGCUUCCAGCAGAACACCAUCAAAGAGGUACUGCUGGUCCACGAGAACCACAGAGAACGAGCCCUCGAGGAGCUGA